AAUAAAUAAAUUUUGGCGCGCUUUUUUCGAUCAUCGAUCGGAACCUAACCUGCAAGGAGAAAGUGCUCGCCACGCGGUCGCAGUGAAAAUGUCGCGCCUUAUAAUUUCGUAAUUUAAUUGACAUUAUCUUUUUAGUCAUUAAGUAUAUUGCAAAUUCUUAAUAGUAGUGAAUAUUACCAGCUACAUAAAUAAUGGAUAACACUUAAACCAGCUUAUGCAACGAUUCUUCGUCUCGAUAAAGAUGAACAAUUUUGACAGAAGCAUAGUUUUCACAGUUGAAGAUAAGAAAUCUGAAAUCCGUCAUUUUGACGAGGUUCGGGAAUUGUGUGUUAAUUGAAAGUUUUAAGUUGAUACGUCGAAGGCACAUCGAAUUACUGACGAUAAAUUAAGAACAUGUUUUACGCGAUGUAACCGGCAUACCAUGCGAUAAUGUUUCGUGUAACGCGUGUAGUAUGUAUAAGUAUACGUGACGAAUCACUUUGAAUUCCAAGAUGUGACGCCAGCCGCUCGUCAAUGUCAGAUUUCUCGUGAUGUCCUAGAAAUGUGAAACAAACGAAUUACCCGUACAGAUUUUCUGCAUUGCUGAUAUCGCGGUAUGCGAAGAAGCACAGUGUGGUCUUAUCAUCAAUACAGAACUGACAAGCUAGUUUCGGAUGUAGGCACGUACAGGUGAUUUUGAUGGCUUUGGGCUUCUUGUGCUGCUAUGCGAUUAGGGUUACCACAUCAGUGACAUUGGAGGCAAUGACCGACGCUUCCAGUGCGAAUCCUGCCUUUGAAGAAUUUAACUGGGAUAAUACGAUUAAAAAUAAUAUUUUGAGUUCCUUUUUCUGGGGAUACGUAUGCACACAACUUAUUGGCAGUAUUAUAGCUCAACGCUGGGGAGCUCAAAAGCUUUAUGCGGGGGCGCAACUUAUUUGCGGUGCAGUGACACUUUCAGUUCCUUUUUUGUCACAUUAUUGCGGUUGGGAAGCAGUGUGUGCUUCCAGAGUAAUUGCUGGCUUAAGUCAAGGCACUGUUCUCCCGUGUCUUCAUACGUUGCUGUCAAAAUGGGUGCCGCCGGAAGAAAGAGGACGAAUGUCGACCUUCGUUUACGCCGGUGGAUGGAUCGGAAACGUGAUUUGUUUGCUGAGUUCCGGCCUACUAUCGGGAUCCGCAUUAGGAUGGCCUAGUUGCUUUUACAUUUGGGGCGGUCUCUCUAUUGUCUCUGGUGCUCUUUUCCUCUUUAUUGGAAAGGAAUCACCAACUGAACAUUCAAGUAUACCAAAGGAUGAGAAAGAGUACAUUGAAACUAGUCUUGGAAUCACUGAAACUGAUGAGAAACUGCCAGUCCCAUGGAUGGCGAUAUUAACUAGUGCUCCAAUGUGGGCUCUGUUAGUUACCCAAGCUGCCCAAAAUUGGGGCUUCUGGAUGCUUUUAACUAAAAUUCCAUCCUACAUGUCAUCUGUCUUAAACAAAAAUAUUCAACAAAAUGGUGCUUUGAGUUCACUGCCCUAUCUAACUGCCUGGCUUCUAAGUUUUCCGAUCAGUUAUGUUUCUGAUCUUCUUAUCAAACGGAGUAUUUUGUCCGUUCAAGCGUCGAGGAAAAUUUGCAACAGCAUAGGUCAAUGGAUUCCAGCCGCGGCAUUAAUCGGUCUUGGAUAUGUUGAUAAAGAACAUCCAGAUAUAGCUAUAGCAGUAUUAGUAAUCGCUGUUGCCUGUAAUAUUGCUAUUUAUUGUGGUCACAAUGUAAAUCAUAUGGAUCUCAGCCCUAACUUUGCUGGUGCUUUAAUGGGUAUCACAAAUACAGUUGCUAAUAUUUGCAGUAUUCUAGCUCCGUUGGUCGCUAGCAUCGUCGUUGUAGAUUCGUCUGAUGUUUCACAAUGGAGAAAUAUCUUUUUCUUAUCAGCCAUAAUAUAUAUAGUUGGAAAUUUGAUAUUUGUCUUGUUUGGUACAUCUCAAAUUCAACCAUGGAAUGAUCCUCAGAAAAAAAUUCAAGAGACAUCUUUGAAUAAUGUAGAAGCACCAGCAGUAGAAAAUGGGUAUGUGAAAGAGAAAGAAGAAAUAAAAAAAGAUACUGAAAAUACAAAUAUAGAAAAAAAUGCGUAGUAUAACAAAGGACGGACACAUAGAUGGAUAUAAAAUUGUGAAAACUAUUAUAAGUAUCAUAAGUACUAUGACUGACGAAUGUAUGAAUUUUAUUAUCAUCCUUGCAAGUGCAUGUAAAAAGGUUACAGAAGUGUGAUCAUUGUAUAUAAGCGUUCAUGUAUGUGUGUAUGUAUAUUUAAUAUUUAUUAUAAAAAUGUAAUAUAAUUAUAUUACAA